GAUCGGUUCUGUUAUUUGGGACUCUAGAUUAUCUUUUUCUCCGUCUAAUCCUCGGGAUCCGAUUAUUGAAAUGUUUGUUUAUUUAUUUGUAUAUUUUAAUUCGGUGAUGGAUAUUUUUUAAUCGGAUUGUUCCUUUAUUUUUAAUUUAACAAAAGACACAGUUGAAAACACAGUAAUGGAUUCGAGAAGAAAACAGAGUUUAUUUACAGGAAAACAGACAUUGGCAUCAAUUGAAGAAGAAACAAACGCAGCUAAUCAUGGGAGGAUGAAUGGUCCAAAUUCUAGUCGACAUCACAAAAAUCCAAAUGGCCCACCGGUUACAAAAACCCCAGCAGUUGUACCUACACUUCGUAUACAAGCAGAAACACCACGGACUACUCCAGUCCCACAGCAAAAUAAUGACAAAUCCAUCCAUUUUCCCGCCCUCUCUAGUGCCAGAUCUUUGAUCAGUAACGGUAAACCGUCUCCGAGACAGAACGUCACACCCGUUGGAGAUAAGAGCAAGAAAUCGUUACAUGGAAGAAAUAAUCAACAACACACCCCGAACACAUUACAUCAUUCUUUUGGAGGACAGAACAACAAACAAGAUAAUCGACAAAAUGCAUUGGCUAGUUUUCAGUGCUUUGGACUUGGAAACGCCCACACACCAAGAAAUGUCUCUAACAACGGAUCAAAUAAUACAAGCACAUCAGAUUAUCAUCAUAAUUCUAAGUCAUCUUACAUUCAACUUCCAUUACCUAAUCAGCAUUUACAAACCGUCACCCCAACCCCGAGUGAAAUAUCCAGUAUUCAAUCAGGAGAUAGUCCCCGAGUGAGUUUAUCCACAGCCCAAUCUGAACGACGCAAUUCGUUAUCAACAUCAGAAGCUGCGCUCAGUCGACCGACAACAAGUGAGAAAAAUGUUUUUCUGGAGCCAGCGCUACCCAAACAAACUGAUUGGACCCAUUAUAAGCCCCUACCUUCAGUCACACCAAACGGACAGGGACCGGGCCCAGGAUCCAUUGCUGGUAGUGAAAUGGAUCAGUUUGGACAAAAUGGCAGUUCUAUAUCUCAGUACCAAGGAAGUGUCAGCAAUCUGUCUCCAUCCCAGGCAGAUAUCUCUAUAUACACAACCACUUCCAUGUACACUACAAGUUCGCGGAACUCAGCAAAUGGAGGUCACAGGCACGCUCAGAAGAGGGCAUUGUCCAUUUCACCAUCUGUAUCCGAUUACAUGGAUAUCACCCAAGUUAUUCGCUAUUCGCCCACGUCGUUGAUGGGCGGAUCACGGAGCUCCUCUCUCAGUACCUCACCCCAGCCCAUUCAGCCAACUGGUUCCUUUUCUCAUUUGUCGGCAAGGAAUAGUCCCUACUCCAAUAAUGGCUCCGGUGGACAUCGCUUCUCCCAAUCACACUUCACGACCAACAACUGUAACCGCCACGAGAAUGCCAACAGUUAUAACUAUGUGCCAGAGUGUAAUGGCGGAUACGUCGAUCUGAUGAGUAACCAAUGUGUCGCUCCUUAUAACGAAAACCUUUUGAUGGAACAGAAUUAUCAGAACGGACAUUUUGAUAUCCAGAUGCAACAUUCUGGUGUUCAGCAUCACAUGCCACAGUACAUGAACAAUGCUGUAAGUACAACCAUGAGCAAUAAUGGUAUGAACAACCGUACCAUGAACAAUUCUGGUAUGAACAACUGUACCAUGAACAAUCCAACCAUGAACAAUUCUGGUAUGAACAACCGUACCAUGAACAAUCCAACCAUGAAUAAUUCUAUGAACAGUAAUGGCAUGAACAAUUCCACCAUGAAUUGUUCUGGCAUGGACGGCAGUGGUAUGAACAAUAUGAGAAUGAACGGUGCUCUGAACAAUCUAAGUAGUGCUAUGAACAGAGGCAUGCAUCAAAUGGGCUCGGGACCGGCUGGUUCUAUAAACGGGAUGCAUCUGCCAAUUCGACCUCCACCUUCAUACAAUCAGGCUGUUGAACAACAACAGCAGCAAUUGCAGCAACAAGCCACACUGGCAACCCAGCAACAAUCCAUGGAGAAUUUCAUAGCAAACAUACCAACUUCCAAAGCUCUGUCAAUCAAAAAUGAAUUUACGGACGAUGAAAACGGAGAAGAAAAACACACUUGUCUGUGGGCUAAUUGUAGCUCAAUGUUUAAAGAGAUCGAGGAACUUGUCCGCCAUAUUGAAAAGAUGCACAUAGACCAGCGUAAAGGGGAUGAUUUUACAUGUUUCUGGCAGGGUUGCACACGACGUUACAAACCAUUUAACGCCCGCUACAAACUCUUGAUACACAUGCGAGUUCAUUCUGGGGAGAAGCCGAAUAAAUGUACAUUUGAGAAUUGUACCAAGGCUUUUUCACGCUUGGAGAAUUUAAAGAUACAUUUGAGGUCCCACACGGGAGAGCGGCCAUAUUUAUGCACAUAUAAAAAUUGUCCCAAAGCUUUUAGUAAUUCGUCUGACAGAGCAAAGCAUCAACGCACUCAUUUAGACACGAAACCGUAUGCUUGUCAAGUUGCUGGUUGCACCAAACGAUAUACCGAUCCCAGUUCAUUACGUAAACACACUAAAAAUCACACACAGAAAGAUCAACAACAGAAGAAAAAGUUAAAGACAGAAGUUGAUAUGAGCCAACCAGAUGUAUUAAAGGAUUGUUUAAAGAUACAUCAGCUACGAUCAAACGGUUCACCCAUGGAUCACACAGAUAGUUGCAUGGGAAGAUCACCACAUUCUUCUAUAGCAGACAUGUAUCCUCCAGUAUUUAAUUUUAGUAGUAGUCACUCAAGUCGCUGUGGUAGUUUGAGUAGCCAACCAUCUCCUGUUAGUAUGCACGGUAGUCAUGGCAGCCCGAUGAAUACAGGAUUGAGUGUAGUAGAGGAAGGCCCUGAAAACAUGGGAGGUUAUUCACCUAAUAAUAGUUUAUUGAGUCCGAGACCACUUCCACCUAUACAACAGCAGACUCUACCACAACCUAGUAUGAACAUGGCUGGAUAUAAUUAUACUUACAAUCAAGAAAUGCCAAACACAUAUCAAGCAUAUAGUGCUGCUCCACGUAGUUCGUUUAUACCUAGUAAUAACGCCUACGCUACUACUAAUAGUUGUAGAAUGGGAAUAGUGCAAGCUGAACGUAACUAUAGUAACUAUCAAUCAUAUCACUAUAACAACCAGUUUGACAUGAACAACUUUAAUCAACAACAAGGUUUUAUGGAUCCUACACAGGUUCAACCCAUUGAAUCAUUUGGUGCUGAUGAGGCGAAUCUACAACAAUAUUUGCAGAUGACCGCUGUUGAAAAUAGCAACAGCCGAACAUCGGCUCCUGUCUACGCAGAAGGAACAUCCUAGAAAACAAACAAAGUGCUACAUUAAUAUCAAUUAUCAUUUAUUAUUAUCAUUUUUUUAUUAUUUUUAUAAUAUUAAUUAAUAUGCGCAUAUAUUAUUAAAUUAUAUAGAUUGUAAUGGUUGUCUACAUAGUGCUAAUUUCAUCAUCAUUUCAUAUAGCAAUGGCUUAAUAGUUUUAUGGUUAAACAACAUGAGCUUUUUGAUUUGGGUAAAAAAUAAAAUGAUUACUGUAAUUAAAUUUUAUGUGUCAAUUUAUUUUGCAAAUUGGAUACCUGUCUAAAAUUAAAAAUUUAGGUAUACGGAUGGUUUUAGUUUUGAAAAAAGGAAAUAAGACUAAAAUUGCUGAAAUAAUAAUUUAAUGGAAUGUGGCUUUAAUCGAAAUAACAGAUCAAAUUGACCUGUAUUUUUUACCCAAAUCAAAGGUUUAACUCCAUUUUAUUAAUCAAUGCCUUCCUAGAAGGGAAGAUCAAGGAUAGUUUUAAAGGACAACACCAGUCAUUGCUGAUUUUUUUAAUUGUUUUGUUUAUUUACAAUGAUGGACAGUUCCUCUCAUGACAUCAUAUACAAUAUGGUUAUUUUGUAAUUAUAUUCAAAAUAAUUGUAUUUUUGGGUGUGCAUGGGUGAAAUAAUAUUAAUAUUAGAUAUUGAAUGAAAUAUAUAAAAAAAAACUACAAAGGCUGGUGUUCUCCUUAAAUAUAUUGUUUUAGAAAUCAAAAUAUGUCAUUGUUUGUUUAUUUUUGAAUCAUGGUUUUCAUGUAAAAUACAUAUCAUUAUAUUUGCCAUUAAUAUGUAUAUUAAUAUGAAUUUUUUUUUAUUUUCCCCGUUCCCUGGCAACCUAUCUACCUUAAAUAUAUACCUUACAGUAAUUUGUAUCUCAAUAGUUCUUCUCAUUAGACAGUUAAGCAAUUUAAAGAUGCAUUAUGUAAGAGCUAAAUCUGACUAUUACACUUCUUUAUUUUGGCUUCAAAUGUUAUGUAAAUUAUUAUUUAGACAUUUAUUCACAUGACAUUUCUAUAACCAACUCUCUAGUUCAUCGGAUGGUGCAAAUGUAAACAGAUUAAAAUAAGAUUGCCAUUUAAUGAUUUAAUUUAAAAAUGGAGAAGCGAGGCUGAGUCUCGAUUAACAAGUAACAAUAAACAGUCUGUCAAAAACUCAAACAUUAAUUUUGAAUUAUCUAUUUUGGAAUUAUUAAAGCAAGAACGGCCAGUUCUCUAUCUAAAUCUUACAUAAUGCAUCUUUAAUUGUAAACCCUUACAAGUACAUUUAUUAAUCGAAAUUUAAAAGGUUUUUUCUUAGUUAUAAAGUUACAUAGUCCAAUUUAUUAAGGAUCCUUAAAAGGAUUUUUAGUUGAUAAGUUAACUUUGUCAUUUUUAUUGUUGAGAUUUAAAGGUUUUUUUUGUGUUUUUUUUUGUUAUUAACUUAACUUGAUCCAAUUUUUGUUGAUAUUUAUAACAUUUAGAUGUCAUUACAUGACUUUGUCCGAUUUUUUAUCGCUGAAAUGAUUACAGAUUGAAGUAUUUCUAGUUAUGUAUUCCAUACAAGUCUGUUUCGAGUUCAGAUAGUUUGUUAAAGAAUUAAAGAAACCGUCCAUAAUGUUAUUCUUGUUUAGAAACAAUUGUCUCCGUCCUUUUUUGUUACAUUGCUGAAUUUAUAUUUUUAUUUGUUAUUUUAUAUUUUUCUAUUUCUGUAAAGUUUUUAGAUUAAUAAGAAUCUGACCGACUUUGCAAAAUUUUUUUUUUUUUUGUUUUUUUGUACAAGCUGGUCAAUUAACAAUAUGAUAAUACAUCGUUCAA